UUCCGGGGUCAUUUCCGCUUACUUCAUUUCCUCUUACGUACUGAAUUUCCUCUUACUGCCAGUCGCUGGGUUUUUUUAUUUUUAUAAUAUAGUCAUUUCCUCUUACGUCAUUGACAGCGAUCGAUAGAAUCGAUAGAAUCCAAAUCUCCUGAAAAUGGUGGUGUCACUGAAUGACAUUCGUCUUUAUCUUUCCCAGGGGACUUAUGCCAAACACCAGCAGGCUUCGAAACAUUUCAAGCGGAGUGUUAGGGCCGCUGCUGCGAACUUCUGUCUUCGUGAAGAGGUCCUGUACCAUGGGAACAGAAGGGUCAUUUGGACAGAGGAGGAGAAAGUGGCUGUGUUAACCGAAGCCCAUGCAGGCCAUUUUGGACCACGGAGGAUGCAAGCGAAGAUUGCUCCCCGGUUUUAUUGGCGGUCCAUCACAAAGGACACAUUGGAUUGGGUGCGCACAUGUCCUGACUGCCAGCGCUUUGAAAAAUGAAAGACCGAGGCGCCUGAGCUGAAGCCCAUCAAGGUCGUAUCACCUUGAUACCUGGUUGGUGUGGACCUCUUUGGACCUGUGAAAAAGUCGUCUAAGGGGAACAGAUAUUGUCUCACUUUGACCGAUUAUUUCACCAAGUGGGUUGAAGCAAGAACAUUCCCAAAAAAGACAGCAGCCAAUGUGAAGGAGAGUUAUGGAGGUUCUUCCAAACAAUAUGGUUAGGCUGGAGACCCUGGAUGGAAAGCCCAAGCAUAUGAUGACCCCGUAUGCAUCACUGAAACCUCUGCGCCCAAGGACUCACCCUGGCUGGCCAAAGGAUUCCCCUUCAGCCCCUGUGCUUCCAGGAGAUGCUGAAAUGCUGACUUCAUCAUCGGAGGAGGAAACUGAGUGUCAUUGUUUCACGGAACAUACAUAUGCUGGCCCCACACCACCCUGGAAAAAGGAGCUGCACCCCGACCAGAAACAACUGCUCGAGUAUGUUUUGGCCUGCGAUCGUCCAGCUAUGGAGCUGAUCGUUAAAGAGGGAGGGGUGUGUUUAGAAGAGUUUUGGUCUCUCGGGUUGUCCAGAGACAUGGACUCCACGAUGGGAAAUGCUUGCCUCCAGCUGGUUCAGGAAGCUGCUCAGAGACAUGGCAAAGAUGUCUUCAUUGCCAACAUGUAUAUUGUACCAACGUGGAAGCACAAAGACGUCGAUCCAAUGUCAAGCCUUCCAAGGGAUGCACAUCUAAAGGAUGCAAUCCUCUUCCCAGCGUGGAGCAAGCACAACGGGCCAGAGCAUUACCUUCUCUGUGUGUUGAGGCCGGCAAAGAGAGAAAUUCUCUUGCUGGACUCUCAGUUUGCCCUUUGGCCAUCUGGUUUUGGUGAUGAGGUGUACAGAGCCAUCUUUAGCCAUGUUCCAGUGGUGUGCUACAGGGGUCCCCUACCACAGAGUCAUGGACCAGUACUGGUGAAACGAGCAUUGCGCAGCACAUCGUCCCAGGAAGCUGGAGUGAGCUCACUGGAAAAGACAUGCAGGAGAUCCCACGCCAGACCUCGGGGAAUGACUGUGGUGUUUUCAUGCUCAUGUACUCCCUCUGGCUCUGUACGGACACUACUUUUCACUACAGUGUGCUGGACAUGCAGUCAAUCCGGCGUUGGUGUAACUGCCUGUGAUGAGGUGGCGACUUGUCCAGGGUGUACCCUGCCUUCCGCCCGAAUGCAGCUGAGAUAGGCUACAGCGACCCCCCGCGACCCCAAAAAGGGACAAGCGGCAUGGCCAGAGGUUCUGUUAUUGGACAGACAAGGCGAGCGGCCUAUUGCAGGGCAUUCUUCAGCCAGUCUUUAGGGUAUCCAGAAACUCAGUCCAGGCCAUCGACUGCGUCAUCAAAGAUUAACUGAAUACAGUACUG